UCGCCCGUCGUUGAUCAACCACCACGAAUACCGGCCCGCUACGAAAGUAUGAUUCACGACGAUCGAAACUAUGAGCAAAUCGAAAAUAUUACAAGCGCUUGGAAAACGUUGGGCGUAAAUGAUGUUCGACAUACGGAAAAUUCGAGCACAAUUGAAGAUGAAAUUACCGAAUUCGUUUGGCAACGAUCGCAAUCUCAGAAGGAGUUCGGUUCGGCUCGCAAAAUGCCAGUCACUAUGACUGCAUAUGAAGCUGAAUUAUUGUCGACGAGAAAGAAAAAUGGCGACUACGAUACGCUCAACUUUGAACCAAAAGCGAAGCCAAUCAAUCCAAAUAAUGACUAUCGAACCAUUGUGACAAUUACAGCGCCGGCAUACAAGAAGCAAACAUCGCAACCGAUCACAUCGAAUGAUUAUGAGAUUAUUGGCGAUUGUGCAACGAUUACAACCAACGCUACCAACACCACCACGUCGACCACCAACAAUGGCAAGCCAACGAUUGAACCGAAGCCAUAUCGUUUGGCCGACGACAGUCAUAUGGGAUAUGGGGUACUUCGAAAACCAAUAACAAAUAUCAAUUCGUCGCCGAAAUCACCAACAUCCAACGAUUCAAAUACAAUCGGCAUCGGAACCUCGUCUAGCGCCGACGAUCUCGUCAAUCAUCGAAAAUUCAAUGGCCUCAAUUAUGCCAUUGUCAAUAAAUCCAAUCAAGUUUGAUUUCUAUGAGAAAUUGAAGCUGAAAAUAAACUAAACACUAGCCAUACAUAAACAAAUAAAAGACGUGUAAGCAUAUCGCUACCAUUUCCAUUAGCGAGAUUAGAGAGAAGAAGGAGAAUAAAUCGAAAACUGUCUUGAACAAGCACUCAUGUAUUUUAGUCAUGUAUCACUAUCGUUUAGUCAUAAAACAUUAAGAAGACCUUAUUCUACUUCCGCAUCUAGAUAAAAAUGAAAUUUUUAUUUUGAUUUCAAGAAUUUUUUUUAAAUUUGCAUUUUGAAGCAGCUAUAUAACAGUGUGACAUUUCUAUUCAAUGUAAAUGUUUAAUUGUAAAUUGUGUGAACAGAAUUUUUUUUCAAUGUUUCGGCAGCUAUGUAUCCAUUUCGAACCCAUAACCAUGUUUCUUUUUUUAAAUAUUUACUUGAGAUAAAUUAUUGUUGAGUCAUACAUGUGAAGAAUGUGUGACUUUAAUUUUAUCUUUCAAAAUUCGUGUCGACAAUAAUUAAGAGCGUUUAACUGGUGGACUGUGAUGAUUUGAAAAAAUUAAUUAAUGCAUAAACUUCACAAUUUGAUUGUUUAUCGGUCUGAAUUUCGAUUUUCAGUAGGAUAUAUGUAAAUAAUAGUGUGUGUGUGUGUGUGUGAGAGAGAGAGAGAGAGAGAGAGGGAGAAACUACUUAAUUUUGCAAAUGAGAAAUAACUGAUGUGAGCGAAAGGGAGAGAUCGAUAUCUAGUAUAUAAAGAGAUAAAAUGCAAAAGUAUAUAAAUAUAAAACCAUGUAUUUGCCAUACAUACACAGUCUCAAUCAAAUGCAUUACUUAAAGUAAAACACAGAAGCCAAUUCCAAAAUACAGAUGAACUGAAAUUCACAUUCAUUCCGAACGAAAAAGAAGAUUUUGUUUAAAUUAAGACUUUAUCAUAGUUUUUACAUACAAUCAAACAUUGUGCCACAUUGCACCAUCCGACGGUGUCGUAUCAGGUAGAAAAACAAUGCAUUCGAAUGGCACAAAGUGUUUUGUGCUGCACAAUUCCAUAAUAAAUUGUAUCAAGUCUUCGUUAAGAUUCAAACUUUCAAAAAAAAUUCAACACUUUACUGCUUUUAGUCAUUACAUUGUAUUUUUUUAACGCAAUAAAUACAGAUUUUAUGUGAAA